AUGUUUUCAAAUUAGAGUAAAAACACAAUUGUACAUUUGAUUAAGGAUGUUGUUUAAGGAGAGAAAGAAUUGGAAAAUAUAAAGCAGAGUCUAAUUCUUCAUAUCACCGAUAACAAUGCUAGUUAUUAGACCUGCUUUUUACAUGUUAUAAAAUCGUAAUAAUAUUAGCUUGCUUAUGAGAAAGAUAGAAUUACGAGAAAUGAUUUAGAAGUAUUUCUCUAAAGUUAGUAAAUACGUUUUGAUUUAAGAGAGAUAUCAUUGCUGAAAUAUACUACCUAUUAAGAGUAAAAUAAAAUAAUAAUCAUUAGUUUUUUGGACUUAAUGCUUCCCAACAAUCAAAUAUUCUUGAAGCAAUAUCAUUAAAAACAAAUGAAUUAUAACAAUCCUAAUUCUGACAUACUUAAUAUAAUAGGGAAGGUGUUAGGAAAGAAUAUUGAGAUUAUUCGAAAAAUAUAAGCUUAUCUAGAUGCAUUGAUAUUAAGAUUUGAUAAGAGUACAUUGUUAAACUAUUUGUGUCCAAAAUCAGAUAAAAACACUCCAGUUUUCUUAUAAUUGUUAAAAAACAUUGAUCUAGAUAUAAGUUUUGAAGAUGUUAUUUGUGCGAUGAGAAGAUUAGAUAAAGAUCAAGAUUCAGAUGUAAAUAGAUUUGAUUGGGAAGAACUGCUUAAAUGUUCGAAACCUCCAAAAAAUAAUUAAGCAUCAACUGGAAAUCUAUCGAAAUAGAUUAGUAAAUAAUAAAGUUCAAAAUCAAUUAACCGAAGUGAAUCUAGAUAAAAGACAGAUCAAGAAAACAUAAAUUCAAAUCGAAACGUUCAUUUUUCUAUUACUAAAUCAUCAACUAAAUCAUUAAAAAAGUCAUCUAGUGUUAUGGAAGAGUCAAUUCUGGAAUUUCAAUUGCACAUUAUAACAAUUGGUAAACUACAUGAAGAAUUAGAUCAAAUAAAAUUAGAGGUAUUUAAGUUUAUCUAUGAAGCUUUCAAGUCGAGGUGAUUAUUCUAUUUCUCAAGCAUUUUAAUUUUUUGAUCUUGAUGUUGAUGGUUCAAUAGGGUUAUAAGAUUUAAAACUUGUGUUUUUGUAAUUAGGAAUAGACGUUAAUGAUUUUAUAAUUAGGUAACUGAUCCAUAGUUAUUCGACUCAUCAUUCUUAAACAUAAUGGGAGUAAGAAAUAAUGUAUUUAAUUAGUCUGACUGAUUUUAAAACCCUGUUCCCAGAAAGUAAAUAGGCUUUAAAUAAUUACAUGGGGGCGUUUAGUUAUGAAACCAAGAAAAUCAUAAGAAUAUUGAUAUAGAAAUCUUUAGAAUUAAUUAGAUAUAGGAAAGAAUCAACUCAUUCAUUGGGAUCAGACACAAAGAAUAUUGAUAUAAUAUUCAAUUUCAUAGAUUUGGAUUAGGAUGGAAUAAUUACAUAGGACGACUUCAAAGUAUUAGAUGUUAAGGGCAAACAUAUUUUACAAUUUUUUUAAUCAUUCUAAGAUUAUCCUUACUAAAUAACUUAUAAUUAAUUCUAGAAGUAUUUCAAUUGA